AUGCAGUCCAUCCCGGACGCUCGCUCUCAGACGUUCGAGGAAAUCUACGGCCCCCCGGAGAACUUCCUUGAAAUCGAGGUCCGCAACCCCCAAACCCACGGCACAUCGCGCUCGAUGUACACAUCCUACGAAAUUGUGUGUCGAACCAACAUCCCAGCCUUCAAACUCAAGCAUUCAGUUGUGCGCCGCCGAUACUCUGACUUUGAAUACUUCCGCGACAUACUCGAGCGCGAGUCAUCGCGUGUGACCAUUCCGCCGCUGCCAGGGAAGGUUUUCACAAAUCGGUUUAGUGAUGAUGUGAUUGAGCAUCGGAGGGAAGGAUUGCAGCGGUUUCUGCAGAUUGUGGCGGGACAUCCGUUGUUGCAGACGGGGAGUAAAGUGCUUGCGAGUUUUAUUCAGGACCCGAAUUGGGACCGAAACGCAUGGUAG